AUGGGCCCGAAUUAUACCAAGAGAGAUCGAAACCUUGUUCCUAAGGGUCUCAGAAUCAAACUCCCAAUUAGAGGCAGAAGGGCAGAUAGAAUCUCCAAUAGAGCAAGCCAAGCACUCAUAAGAGAAAGGCUCAACUACCACCGGUUCAAUAAAGCUAACCUUAUCCAAACAUGUGAGAACAUCAGGACAAGCUUACGAAGCAGAACAACCGCAGAGGACUAUGAAAGUAUCGUGGAAGCGGUCAAGAGGAGCUAUGAGAGAACAAAUGAACAACAGAAAGAGACACAAAGGAGGAAAAUGGAAAAACUGAUGAGGGACUCCAAGAAAUACACACCAUUAGAGCAUACAAGAACGGUGAUAAACUUGUCGAGCAAGACUCUCAGUGACGACCAGAAAUACCUCCUCAACAAGGGUCUGAAGUUCUCCAUAGCACCCAAAAACGUUCCAAAAAUUGAAGUGAUGUUGGCGGCGGAGGAAACAGCACAAAGGAUACAAGACCUGGAGAAAGCUGAGGAAUAUAGGUGGAAGAUAAGAACUGCACUGGAUUCAACCACCAAGCAACCUGAAUCCAAUAUCAACAGGGCAGAACAAAAAGCCCUGAAAGAAUUGAAAUCAGACCCCACCAUCAAAAUACUCCCGGCAGACAAGGGAAAUGCGACGGUCAUCAUGGAUGUGGACCAAUAUAACGAAAAAAUCAAAGAGGUGUUAGAAGCAGGAGAAUCAAGACUAACACCCCACUACAGCAAACCUCCACAUCUAUACGGUCUCCCAAAAAUACACAAGGAGAACAUCCCCUUGAGACCGAUCGUCAGCUCAAGAAAUUCCCCUUGCCACUCCUUAGCCAAGUUCCUCCUCAAGAUAAUAUCACCACUUAGAGGCCACACAACAGCAAUGGUCAAAAAUACGGAACCCUUCAUAGAAACCAUGCGCACACAAGAAAUCCUCAACCAGGACACCAUGGUAAGCUUCGAUGUAUCCAGCUUGUUCACAAAUGUUCCCACAGAUCAAACACUCGAGAUCGUGAGAAAGAAACUCGAGGAGGACCAAACAUUAGCUGAACGAACCACACUGAGCAUAAAUGCAAUUAUGGAUAUGCUCUCAGUCUGUAUCAAGACCACAUAUUUCCAGGUAGAUAACAUCUUCUACCAACAAGAAUUCGGAAUGGCCAUGGGUUCACCAUUGUCCCCGGUACUGGCAGACAUAUAUAUGGAAGAUUUCGAGGGAAGAGCAUUAGACCAAUAUGUGUUAAAACCGAAACUAUGGCGAAGAUACGUGGAUGACACAUUCGUGAUAUGGCCGCAUGGAAAAGAGACCAUCACAGGAUUCCUAGAACACCUCAAUAACAUAGAGGAAUCCAUAAAAUUCACGAUGGAAAUUGAGGAAAAUGAACAACUUCCAUUCCUGGAUGUACUCGUACACAAACAGGAAGGAAUUCCUCGAACCACGAUUUACAGGAAGCCAACGAACACAGGUCAGUAUCUCCACUUCGAAUCUAACCAUAACCUCAACACCAAAUUGGGAGUAGCCAGAUGCCUCUAUGACAGAGCAACUCAAGUGUGCUCCAGUCUGAAUGAUAAGAACGAAGAAUUCGAUAAGAUCACAGAAAUUCUUGAGAAGAACGGCUACCCCAAGAGGAUACUAGAAAUCGCCAGAACACCAAGGGAUAACACAGAACCUAGACCAGAAACACAAACCGAAUCAACUGAAACGAUAACCACGGUCAUCCCAUAUGUGAGAGGGUUAUCAGAAAAACUAAGAAGAAUUGGUAAUAGAUACGGCGUGAGAACUGCAUUCCAAACUAAGAACACUGUCAGGGCUAACCUAACCAAGGUGAAACCUGACAACGAAAAUCAAAGAACAAAAAAUUGCAUAUACGAAAUACCAUGCGAGUGCGGUAGAUCUUACAUUGGAGAAACCAAACGCCCCCUGGACACAAGAGUCAAAGAGCACCAAAAACUAGCUCGACUGGGAGAAACAGAGAAAUCCAGGCUAGUCCAACAUGCUUGGGAUGAGGAACAUAGGAUCAAAUGGGAUGAAGCUUCCAUAAUAUCAAAGGAAGAAAGAUCGAAACGGAGGAAACUCAAAGAAGCAGCCUUCAUGGCCAUCACUCCGAAUCCCAUAAGUAUGCAGUCUCUGGAGAUCAAGGAAGUCUGGGCACCAAUCAUAAGAUCGGAUCUGAGGAAAUUGAACCCGGUCCAGGUCGGAAGCACCUCGACACCACCAAGUUAA